AUGAAGUGGGCUUAUGAGGAUAAGGUUUAUGUUCUUAUUCUGUUCUGGUGGAUAUUCGGCAAUUGCGCCUACGGUCUUAUCGAUGGUUAUGAAGCUUCACUGUACGAUAUGAUGAUGGUGGAAGAGGGUACCGAGGAAAACUAUAAUGGAACAGUGUAUGCUAUUGCGCAACUUAUUGCUACCAUUAGUGCCUUGUCUGUAGCAGUGCCUCGAAUACUGAAGGUUGCAUAUCACCAUCAACACGUUACUGUGGGCAGUCUGGGCCUCUGGUGUAUCCUGGCCCUAACGCUGAUGGUUUGGUAUCCUCGUAUCCUCCCGAUGUGUAUUGGUUUCAUCCUAUACUACCUUGGUUAUCAUUUCAUCAACGCCUUCGUCAGCGCGGAGACGGGUCGUGUCGUUAACAAGCAUAUGAAAGAGGAAGGUAAUGUCAACUCUGGCUGUUAUGCUAUCAUAGUCAUGUUCAACAAUCUUACUGCAUACAUCCUGUCAACUAUCCUUUCCCUCAUCAUGUUUACUUGGUUUCAAAUCGAUCUUCGCACUGUCUAUAAGAUACUGUGGAUCUUUCAACUUUCUUUCCAGGCGGUUUUUAUGAUCCUGGCUACAGUAUUAUAUUUCUGGUCCAAGAGACAUGCUACUGCUUGCGAUGUUGAAAUCGCCAAAUGA